AUGUCAUCCGCCAAUGAAACUGAGGCCGGAGCCGUGCUAGUUACGGAAAGCCCUGUGUGGCGACACCGAAUUGAGAGCGAUACCAGUGCUCUACAGUGGAUGUUAGACAACACUUCCCAGAUGCUAAGUCGGCACAGGGAUAUUAUCAAAAAGCAUGGAAUCUGGAUUGUCACAAAGACCUACUCUACUCGCCGGUGUGCCAUUGCCGUUAUAACAUCAAAGGCUUCCGCCGUUGAGAUUGGCCUCGGCGUGAACGUCCAGGGCGUCCUAGAAUUAACACCGAAAAGCGAAUGGAAGAAUGGAUCUGGAAGCUUCUGUACGGGGCUACACGAGGGUGAGGGAGAGGUGGUGGUGUUUAUAAGUGGGAUAUACUUUACGCGAAAGCUUUUGCGGUUGUAG